AUGGCCGGCAUUAAAAGAAAAUCCGCGGGCGCAACUGCGCCCGAAAUCAAGACCAAGAGCAAAAAGGUCAAAGUCGAUAAGCCUACCUCGAAGCACGAGUCGAAACACGAAGUCAAGCCUGCGAAGAAACCAUCCAAAUCCAAAAGGAAGAGAGCCCUGGUGGAUCCGAAGAGUCGGACACUAGCGAGCAGGAAACCGGCUUUUAUGGCGAACAACUCACGAGAAGCGCAUGCGAAGCAAAAGGCCCUCGCCAAAGAACGAAAAGCUGCCAAGCCAAACGCUGACAUAAUUGAGCGCUCGAAGAAGCUUUGGGAGAAGCUUAGGUUGAAGUCGCACGUUGACAAGGACGAACGAAAGGAGCUCGUUAAGGAGCUAUUCGAAAUCAUCACAGGCAGAGUCAAGGACUUCGUCUUCAAGCAUGACUCUGUACGUGUCAUUCAGACGGCGAUAAAGUACUCGACUAUGGAGCAAAGGCGAAUGAUCGCAAGGGAGCUGAAGGGCGAGUUCAAGGUCCUGGCCGAGGGCAAGUACUCCAAGUUCUUGAUCGCCAAGUUGGUGGAGAAAGGAGACCCCGAAAUUCGCGAUCUUGUCAUUACUGAAUUCUACGGCCACGUCAAGCGCAUGAUCAACCAUCCCGAAGCCGCAUGGAUACUGGACGAUAUAUACCGGGCUGUUGCAACUCCGGAGCAGAAGAGCCGCCUACUGCGUGAGUGGUACGGGCCCGAAUUCUCCAUCAAGGGCCUUGACACGAAGGGCACCGAUAGCGCAGAGUUGUCAGUCAUCAUAAAAGAAUCGCCCGAGAAGAGGAAACCCAUCAUGGACUAUCUGGAGAACCAGACCAAUGCACUCAUUCAGAAGAAACUCACGGGUUUCACGAUGCUGCACGAUGCUAUGUUGCAAUAUUUCCUCGUUUGCGAGCCCGGGACUGAACAAGCGAACGACUUCCUCGAACACCUCAAGCCCGACCCAACAAUCAAGGAAGGCGAAGAGGCCGACAACGUGGAUUUGUUGAAGAAUCUUGCCUUCACAAAGUCGGGUUCGCGGCUAAUGUCACUGUGCUUCGCCUAUGGCACAGCCAAGGACCGCAAGCUCUUUUUGCGGCCGUACAAGGACACAAUCGAAACCAUGGCUUUCGAUCAACAUGCUCAUCACGUCCUCCUUGCCGCAAUGGCAGUCACUGAUGACACCAAGCUAUCAGCCAAAUCCAUCUUUAGCGAACUUCUACCAAACAAUGACAGUCUCGCCGAAAAGGUGUUGAACCUUGUUAACGACACUCGCGCACGUACAGUUCUGUUGUACCCAUUUGUUGCAGAUGCCAAGUGGCUAUUGGAUGACAACACACGGGAGCGAUUGUCCGAGUUGUACACUAUUCGCCAGAAAACAUCCAAGAAGGACCCGAAUACCCGUCUACAAGAGAUUGCAAAGAACAUCGAACCGCAGUUACUAACGGCAGUCACUGCCCGAGCUGCCGAAUUUGCUUCUUUUGCGUUCGGAUUGCAAUUCAUGGGUGAAGUUCUCGUUGGAGCACCAGAGGUUGAGCCAGCUAAGCGCAAGGAUGCCUUGACAGAGAUUGCACGUCUGUCGCAGUCAGUCUUGGACUCUGCGCUGCCUGCAUCAGCAGGAGACAAUAAAGCCGGAAGCCACGGCAAGAACAUGCUGAAGACGCUGGUUCAAGGCGGCAAGUUUGACCCUACGACCAAAAAGGUCGUCCCGGUUGAGCCUUCCCUUGGUUUCGCCGAUUUGCUCUGGCCUCAGAUCAAGGGCAACAUUAAGGAGUGGGCUACGGGGCAGGGCUCUUUUGUUGUAGUUGCCUUGACUGAAGCCGAAGGCUUCUCAAAGAAGGACGAGGUCCUGAAAGCUUUGAACAAGGAGAAGAAGGCUCUGGAGGCUGCUGCCAACCCCUCGGGUGCUCAAAAUGGCGAGUCAAAGAACAAGAAGCAGAAAAAGGGCGACAAGUCGGACACCACCCCUAGAGGGAAUGCAGGUGCAAGGAUCCUUCUUGAAAAGUUGUAGACAGUCAUUUAGCAGCGUAUGUAUCAUUUGAACAAGUAGUAUGAUACCCAUCUGGGCAUUCCACA